AAGAGUCGAAGUCAUUCUACCCAGAAGCAUGCUACACUCGAAAAAUUCGUUUGUACUAAGCGAUAAAGAAAAUUUUUUCUUCAGGUAAUCAAAGUCUUUUCAUUAACUAAAGAAUCUUGAAAUUGAAUUUAUGAGUCUUUUUUUUUAAAAGUGAUUAUAACUUUUCAUUUUAUAUUCAAGAUAAAAUUUUUAUGUCACGUUUGUUGAAAGUAAAAUUACAUCUGUGACUAAUAUUUUUUUAUUAAUAUAUAUAUAGUAUGUCAAGGUUUCUUAUUUAAUAUUGAAAAUAUUGAAAACUGUUACAACUACAACUUCCGGUUUCAGUUAAUUAUUGCGUGGUUGGUUCUUUAUUCUGAUUGAGAGGGAAACCGUCUCUUUUUCCAAAUUCUGAAUGCCUAUUUUCUUCAGUUGAAGGUAACCAAAGCCCACCUCACGAUUAUUAUUACGUUUAUAUCUGUGUCUAAGGAUCAUACAUCGCUGGCAUUCUAAUCGUGACUAUGUGUCAUCAGAAAAAUUUUGUCUGUUGAGAUCUUACACGGUCAUUGCUCUGAUUUCAAUACUGUUUCAUUCACUGUUCGUUAAAGGGAGCAUACCAUCUUCCUGGAAUGACUGUAAGUGAGUGCUGUAUGAAGAUAUUUGGAAUUUAGUACUCCCCUUAUCAAAUUCUCACAUGAUCUAAAUAAUUCUUCGUGUAAGCUGAACCAUGUUAUAGCAAUUCGUCAUAUUAAAAGUUAUUGUACAAAAGAAUGCACUUCAUGAAAAUUAAACGCCGUCGGAGCUGCUGUCGUCCUCUUGGUGUUUCAUGUUUACUUUGUUCUAUAUUGAUUUUCGAAGUCAUUGAUUAUUUAGCGUGGGGAUAUACAACCUUCUGGAUAGCCGAACCACUAUACAAAUUCAAUUGGCCAUUAGAUGUAGAUCUCGUUGAUGUUGUAAAUAAUGUUUUGGAAAAAAAUGAUCCUGAUGUGGAGAUCCUAAACAGAUACGAUGACCUAGGUCUCAAAGCAUCUCCGGAAAAGUGCUCUUCUGACAUUGACCUUCUUUUUGUUGUGAAGUCGGCAUUUAAUAACGAAGAUCGUAGGCAAGUUAUAAGAAGUACUUGGGGUAGUUCUAAAUUUUCGGGAUCGUAUAAUUUAAAUAUUAAGACAAUAUUUAUCGUUGCAUCUUCCGACAAUGAAGUGCACAACAGGAAAGUCCUACAUGAGUCAUCAAUUCACAAAGACAUAGUAUUAUUUUCAUUUAAGGAUCGUUAUUGGAACAACAUAUAUAAAGUUUUUGGUGAAUAUGAGUGGGUUGCGGCUAAUUGCAGUGAAACCAAGCAUACUUUUUUUGCUGAUGACGAUUGCUUUGUUUGCAGUUUGGCUUUGUUUGACUAUAUACAAAAGUCAUCACGAUAUAAUUUUAAUCAUUUAUCUAUUGGAUAUUUAAGAGAAAGAAAUCCUUGCAAUAGAAAGGCUUUAUCAGCGUGGCAGGUUACACUAAGGGAGUAUCCCUUUCAGCACUAUCCUCCGUACUUUACUGGAGGAUCGUAUAUUUUUUCAACAAAGUACGUUGUUCGCCUAGCAAUUGGUAUGAGAUAUACAAAGUUCUUCCGCGUAGAUGAUGCUUAUAUUGGAAUAGUGGCUCACAAACUGAGAGUGCCAUUAAAGCAUAGCAAUCGGUUCAUCUUCUACUCUAGAAGCUAUGAUCCUCGGGUGUUAAGGACUAUGAUAGCGAGUCAUCAGUUUGCUGACCCGUCUGAUCCUAAAGGCGGCAAGAAACUUUCUAAAGCCGAAAAAGAAAAACUAAAGAAGGAAGAAGCUGAAAGAAAAGCUAAAGAAGAAGAGGAACAAAAACUUCUGGCUGAAAAGGAAGAGGCAGAAAGAAAAGAACGGGAAGCUUUGGAAGCUAUUGAAAGAAAAAAGGAAGAGAACGAGGAAAGAAAAAGAAGAAAAUGGCAAUUGGAGGAAUUAGCAGAAGUUUGGGACAGAAAUGUUCAAAAUCUAGAAGAAUUUGCAAGAAUAGCUAGGUCAAAAGCAAAAUGGCAAAGAUAUAUGUCCUGUGAAUGGCCCGACCCAACUUUAUUACCCGAGAUCAACACUUACAUAAAUCUUUGGAGAGAGGAUAAAUCAUCAAGCAAUAUUGAUACAGUGUUAGCAGAUAACAAAAAAUGUUUAAAUUUAAUUGAAGAAUUACACACUAUUUUAAGAGUUACACCAGAAAACGAGAUUAUAGAAGAGCAAAAGGAGCAAUAUAAUCAGACUAUCGUUGAAUUAGAAGAGAUAUUAAUGGAAAAACUAGAAAAAGCAACAUACAACGUAUUCCUAGAAUCUUAUAAGUUUAUUGAUUCCUCUUCGUUGAAUCUCGAGAGAGUUAUUGAAAAUAAUAAUUUAACGCUUGCUUGCUGGGGGAAUUUAGCUAAGAAUGCAAGGAUAAAAUCUUAUAAUUUCGAAGAAAUUGGAUUUCAAUUUGAUAUUCCUAAAUUGAAAUUGGAUGAUAAUGCAGAUUGGGGAAUAAGAAUUCUAGUAACAAAUUACGAUCAUUACUCCCAUCACUGUAAAACUUUUUAUCCAAGAAUUAAACCGAAAGCUGAACCGACGAUAAUUGAAGAAGAAGAAAAGAAGGAAGAUGAAUCGGAUGAGAAGGAGGAAGGUGAGGCGAAAGCAGAUGACGAAAAUGAACAAAAAGUUGAUAGGGAGGAAACUUUGGAUUUGGAUCAAGCAUUAAAAGAUUUAGAAUCGGGAGAAGGUGAGAAUAAAGAUGAAGAAAAGGAGGAGGAAGAGGAAAAAGACAAAGAAGACGAUAUGGAAGAAGAGCCAUUACAAAUUCCCACCCCUGAUAUUCCUGAUUUCGAAGAAUUUGACGGUGCCGAAGACGUUAUAGAUUUGAGAGCUUUUCAAAUUCUUGGUGGAAUUUAUCACUUUAAUCUCUGCCAACUACCACCGCAACCAAGAGCACUGCAAAACUGUACUCUAACGAAAGUGUCCAAUCCUGAGGAGUUGGUCUACGUACCGUAUAAAGCUCAUUACGAAGAGCCAAAGGAAGAGAACGGAGAAGAAAAGAAAAAGAACGGAGUAGAAUUGGAAGAGCAGAAGAAAGAUGAAAAACUUCCAUUACUUAUAACAUUAACAUAUAUAAAGACUAUUGCUAAUUUACAUAAUAAGAACUCUGCUCUUCGUUUCCUUUUAAGUUUACCGAAGAACGUCUAUUUCUGCGAAGAACCUCAAGUUGCUAGAUGGAAUGAAAAAGAUAAAGAAUGGUCCGUUGAUGGUUUUUACGAGCAUAAUUUCGAAGAAGAGGAGAGAAGAUUAACUUUUAAGAGUUUGUCAUUUGGUACUUUCUCAUUAGUUCAGGAUGCUCAUAUAAAUAUGCCAUUUCAAACUUGGGAAAUUAGGCCAAGAGAUGUUAAUCACGUUCUCAUAACUGUUAUAGCAGCUAUUAUAGAAGUAGAAAUUGAAGUAAAGAACGACUGUUGCGCAUUAAUAGCACCCUCCGAUAAAGAGGAGCUUCAAGAAUUAAUAGGAAAAUUCCUACCAGUUGAUCAAUUUAUAACGAGAAUGAAGGCAGCCGGUUUAAAUCUUUUCCCAGAGAGCGAUUCAUAUAAGUAUGUAAGCGUACCAGAUAAGGUUAGUAACUAUUUCUUUUUAAGUUUUUAAUAGGAAAAUAUUAAAUACAACCUAUAUACCUUAUUACUAUUAUCAUCAUUACUAAAUAUUAUACAAGUUAUAGGCCUAUAAAGUAUAUUUUAUUUAGUUUUAAUAAUGCAAUUGUGCCUCAUAUAGGGAGGCUCAAGAGUAGUAAGUUGGCAACGAAUAUUCUAUACUCUAUAAACUUUUAUCUUCUAAAUAAAAAAUUGAAUUAUCAGCAAUUUAUUCCAGAAAUUUAUUUAUAGAAUAUUUAUGAUAAAAUACAAUAUCCUUCUUCUUGGUAAAUAACUCUAUUGCAUAUAUAUUAGAACAUCUGCAAUGUAUCUAUAUACAAUAUGAAUUUGCCCAAAAGCGAACUAUUAUACUAAUCUAUUAACAAUUCUAUAUUAAGAAGAAGAACAAGAAGAACAAGAAGAACAAGAAGAACAAGAACAAGGAGGAUAUUGUAUAAAUCAUUAAUGAAUUUUUUCUUUGAAAAUAUAAAUGACUAUUUAAUAACUAAAAAAUUGCUGAUAUAAGAAUUUUCUAUCAUUAAUAUAAAGAAAACACUAUAUUUUUUUUUUGCACAAACAACUGCACCAUUUUUUUUCCUUUUAUACAAACAACUGUUGGAUAUAUUUGAAUAAUUU